GGAUGAAAAGACUAUUUUAUAUAUUAACUCUCGAACCAUUUUACAAACUUGAGUGCUUCUAUUUCACGUGAAAGAGAAUUCACAAGAAAAGGGAAAUUUCUAUUUGGGGACAGAAAAAAGUUCAUAAAUUAAGAAAUGCAUUAUCUGAGCUGAAUGUCAAAGUAAGAGGCUCAUUUGAUCAGAUAAACAAAUUGAGAAGGGCUAGCAUUUUUUCAGAAUGUUAAAAACCCUCAAAUAUGUGGAGUAAAAGCCACGUUUCCAAAGGCUACUUAUGAACGGGGGAAAAGGGGGCUUCCACAUUAGGCUGUUCCAUUAAUCAUUAAUGGAGAUUUCCAUUCCCAGUGAUCCAAAACUCACCAUCCCACUGCUCUUUCUUCUUUUCUUCUUCACGCCUUCCUUAUUCCCCAUACUCUCCUCCGACGCAUGCCAUCCGGCGGACAGAGAAGCCCUGCUUCGAUUCAAGAGCGGCAUCACCUUCGACCCCUCCAAACUGCUCCACACAUGGAACUCUUCCUCCGACUGCUGCACAGCCUGGGACGGCAUCGACUGCGCUCCCUCCGGCCGAGUCGUCAACGUCUCGCGCCCGGGUCUCGUCGCCGGCGAAGACUUCAUCACCGACACCUCAAUGUCCGGCACUCUAUCGCCGUUUCUCGGCAAUCUCUCCUCCCUCCGACUCCUUGACCUCAGCAAUCUCAAGGACUUGCAAGGUCACAUCCCGCCUGAACUCGGCAAGUUAACCCACCUCGUCCAUCUCUUCCUCGACACGAACAACCUGACCGGUCCAAUUCCCACUUCGUUCCGGUUCCUUGUCCGGCUACAGAAGCUCUUUCUCGGUGACAAUUCCCUUUCCGGCAUUGUUACUUCCUCUGCAAUUCAAUCUUUAAUUUCACUCUCCGAACUGGGUCUCUCUGGAAAUCAUUUAUCCGGCGCGAUUCCACCUGAAAUAGGCAAAUUGGUUUCGCUCACUAACCUUGAUCUCCACGGAAACAAUUUCUCCGGUACUCUUCCUCCUUCGAUUGGCAUGCUUAAGAGCCUCAAUUUUCUCGAUUUGUCCGAAAAUCAAAUCACCGGAAGCAUUCCCAGUUCCAUUGGCGCGCUUUCCAAAUUGAAAUUGAUGUAUCUCAACCAGAACCGUCUCACCGGAAGCAUUCCUCCGUCCAUCGCCGGGCUUAGCUCCCUGCAAUUUUGCAGAAUCUCAGAAAACAAGCUCACGGGCAGAUUACCUCCAUCAAUGGGCAAUCUCUCAAAUGUCCAAAGACUUAUCCUUGAGAACAACCAGCUCAGCGGAGAAUUACCGGCGACAAUUGGCCGAUUAACCAACCUAACUGAUAUAUUGUUCUCCAACAACAGAUUUACGGGGGAAAUCCCUUCAAGUUUCGGCAAUUUGCGAAAUCUGCAGGCACUUGAGUUAUCCAGAAACCAACUCUCGGGUCGAAUCCCACCUCAGCUAGCUCGAUUACAGAAUUUACAGAGCUUGGAUCUGUCUUUCAAUCCUCUUGGGCUGGUGAGCUUGCCACAGUGGUUUUCUAAAUUGAAAGUUUUCCGGCUACGAAUGGCGGGAACUGGAAUGAAAGGGGAGCUUCCGGGCUGGUUAUCUUCAUCAUCUAUAUCUACCCUGGAUUUAUCGAGCAAUGAAUUAUCCGGGAAAUUGCCUUCUUGGAUCGGAAACAUAACCAGUCUUUCAUUCCUCAACUUAUCUAACAACGGAUUCGUAUCUUCAAUACCAAUUGAGUUUAAGAAGCUUUCUCUUCUGAUGGACCUCGAUCUCCACUCCAACAAGCUCGCCGGCCGCCUGGAACCAAUAUUUGGGAAAGAACGGCAAGACCCACUAGGCUACUUCAACUCCAUCGAUGUUUCUAACAAUAAGUUCACGGGUCCAAUCGACAAGGACAUCGGGGAGAAACCCGUGAUGUCGUCUCUGCAACUGCUGGAUCUUUCGCGGAACCCUUUGAGGGGAUCCAUUCCCAUAUCGCUGGGGAAGCUGAGGGGAUUGCAGGUGCUGAGGCUUGAAAAAGAUGGGCUUUCUGGGCCGAUACUGGAGGAGCUUGGGAAUGCCACGGGAUUGACGGAACUUGUGCUUUCGCAGAACAAGCUGAGUGGGUCUAUUCCUGCGACCGUGAUGAACUUGAAUAAUCUUCAAGAAUUCAACGUCUCCGGGAACAGAUUGAGCGGACGGAUCCCUCCUCACAAAGGCGUUUUCCCUGCAUCUUCUUUUAAGGAUAAUCCUGGCCUGUGUGGAGCUCCCCUGCCUCCAUGUAAGCGCUCCCGGUGAUGAUUGGCAUACAACUUUUUCACAAGGCUGCAGAGCUUUUCAUCGUUUUUCCGAUCGUUCUUUUCCGCAAGGAGAAAAAAUGGAAGAAGGAAAAACGAUUUUCUUUCUUUCGCUCGUUUCAUUUUCAUGUACUCUGCUUUUCACUUGGGGGGUCCAUAGCUCUAUUCACUGGAUUGAUGUUGCAGACUAUCGAUCACUUUCCAAAAUUGGUUAGAUAUGAUGUUUGAAAA